AUUAAAUGAAUGCGUUACUACUUUCAGCGUUGAAUGUCGGGUAGUUGCAGUAACUGAGUCCGAGUUUUCGUCUUCUUUCAUUGUACAUAACCUCGUUGGUUAAUGAAAAUCGGUUUAUUUGUUUAGCCAUGGAAACUUCUAAACAGAUUAUUAGGACUGAGAUAGAGGUUUACUGCAAAUCUAUCGCAUUUACUUGCGGCGUUCUUUGUAACUUUUGGGCAGAAACCCUGAAAUUUUGCUUCAGGCGCAGAUAAGGUGGCGCACAAUAUUCCCCGAAUGUUCCGAACCUUUUGCUGGGAAAUGUUAAAAGUUCCCAUCCCAUGGGAUGAUUGCAUCGGUAUCUGUUAUUGAUAGCGCAUAAAAACUACUCUACUACUUUUGUAUAAUUUUUUUGGAGUGUCUGAGAUGAAUGUCACAUCACUUAUAAAAUGUCUGGCUGCAAAUCUGUCCUGGGUGUUGAACUUGGACUGUGGUCUAUCACCAACUUCUUUGAAGGCUUUUAACUUGAUUUGGAAGGUUCCUUGCACUAGAUAAUGAUCUGAACUUACGUCUGCUCCCAUUCUUGAUCUUGUGUCCAGUAGACUGGCUGCAUCUCCACCUGCUUCACAUUGAGGUGAAGUCUAUCUAAUAUUCUGUGUGGCGUGUCGAUCUGGUGAAAUCGAUGUCGCUUUGUGGAUAUCCUUGUGCUUGAACACACUGCCUCCAAUCACCAAAUCGUUGAAUGCACAGAAUUCUGCAAACAAUUCUCCAUCAUUUCUCCGAGUGCUUCUCGACCCAUGGUUAGUUCUCUUUCUGAGUUGUCCGCUCCCAGUUUGGCAUUCAUGUUGCCUAUUAGAAUUUUGAUGUCGCCAACUGAGGUCUUGUCCAGUGUUGAUUGAAGUUGUCUGUAGAAUUCCUUCUUCUUCUCUCCAUCUCCAUUAUUUGCAGGUGCGUAGCGUAGCACUGUAUGAUUGUGACUUUCCUUCUUUUUGAGUUGGAUCUUGCUGUCAUGAUCCUGAAGGAGGAGAUUGGUUCCCACUGUAUGAGCCUUCGAUGCUCUUGGGGACAUCAUGAUAACCACUCACUUCAUGUGCUCGUGGUUGUCUUGGUGACAAUAUCAGAGUAGAUUAUUGACUCUCCAGUUGACAGUUUGGAGAGUCUACUUCCAUUCCACCUGCUUUCGCAGAUUCCUAGCACUUCAAUGCUCCUUUGCAAUCUGAGCAGCCUUGCCAGUCAGCUUCAAACAUAGUGCGGGCAUUCCAUGUCAACAUCCUUACUUUCACCAACCGGCAUCCUUUCGCCUCUCCGAUUCAAGCGAGGAAUGAUUUUGUUUUUAUUUUUUAUAUUUUGUUUGUGCUUUGAAGUUUCUUUAGCAGUUGGAUUGGUUUUCCGGGGUAGGGUUGCUGUUCCUACGCCCAAACUUCCCUCUUUACCAGGGCUUAGGACCGGCUAGUAAUUAGGGAACUAGUUAACCAGGCGAGGUCGGGGUCACCGAUACAAAGGAAAUCACUGGUUGAGGACUAUUGUUGACAUGACUGGAAAUCGGUCACAGUGGCGCAGAUGUAUUCACUCCUUGACAUCUAAAGCUCCUAAAGCAAUAACCUUUAUCUUCAGAUUGUUUGUUUUCCCACACUACCUUAUCUCCUUUGAUAUCACUUUUUCUAUACAUGCGUUCUUUGUGUACUACUGUGAAGUGUGGUAACUUGAGCCGAUGGAGCUGUGUGCGAGGUUCCGCGUUGAUUUCGUCAGUGUCAGCCAUGUCUGGAAGACAUCUGUGAUAAUCCCGGAGUCACUUGAUUUCACCUCACUUUCAGCAAUCUAGUCUCAUUGCCAUAGUGUGACAGAAGGGAUUAGAACAGAGUAUACUGAUUUCAGAGUAAAUGGUAGACGAAAGCCAAAUGAGCUGUUAGUGCACAUUUCUGAUUCUUGCCUUUCAUCAGACCAAAUCACUUGCUGAACGGCGUUGUAUCUGAAUGUCUACUAAGAGUCAAGUGUACUGCGUAUUAGUCCACUAUAUCAUAUUAUAGCUGCAUUUCAAAAUUCUAGUCCCUAAUGUUGCCGCCGGGGCAAUUAUUGGUAAGGGAGGAGAAGCUAUCGAGACAAUUAAGCGUCAGACUGGAGCGAAACUCAAGAUGUCUCGAGCAGAUGACUUGUACCCAGGAACCACUGAAAGAGUUUGUCUCAUUGUUGGCACACUCGAAGCGUGCAUGCAGUUGCACGAUUACGUGAUGAAAAAAAUUAGCGAACGACCACAGAAUGUAGCUAUAAUAGGUACAGCCGGGGUUAAUUGUGUGGAGCGUCACAAACAAGUUAAAAUCUUGGUCCCCGAUACCACCGCUGGUAUUAUCAUCGGAAAGCGUGGUAAUUUCAUUGAAAAGAUAAAACAAGAAAGCCAUGCCUUUGUCCAGGUUUCGCAGAGACCGAAAGAUAUCAAACUUUUCGAGCGCUGUGUUGUAAUAACUGGUGAAUUUGACGAAAGAAAAAUAGCAGUGGAAAUGGUCAUGCGUAAGAUCCUUGAGGAUCCAGAUUCAGCUUGCUAUUCAAACUGUUCUUAUUCUCAGGUUAGGGAACCCAUUGCUAGUGCAUUUUCAUCAGGUUCCCCAUUUGCAAUGAUGUAUACACCUCGAUUAGAUAUGAAUGGUUCGAAUCUGGAUUUCAACAACAAUUUAGAAAAUCCCCUUCCAAAUUUUCCUGAUACAGGUUUACCAACCGUAACAAAUCAGUUUUUAAGAGAAGAUAAAUUAACUAAAAAUCAAAUCGACCCGUUCCAUUAUAAUCGCCCUUUACGAUUACCAUUAGUCGGCAUUGACCCUUAUUCAGGAAUUUCUGUCAUCCCGUCUACUGGUCAACCUUUGAUAUUCGGCAAUAAUAAUCAGACUGGUAAUUUGCCUUCGUGCAACACUGUUGGUCGACCGUUUAUGAUCCCGCCAAACUUGAUUGACCAAUCAAAAUUUGUUUCUCCUGACCUGACUUCAAACCAAAUAAUGAUUCUCAAACGUCCUGUUUACUAUUCAAACACUAUGCCGCACACUUGUAGCAUUCAGAAUGGUAUCCCACAAUCACUUGUUGGUUUAGAUGAAAAGGUUACAAUGACAUCAACAUUUGUAUGUGCAAAUCAACCAGCUUCAUAUACUACAACUACGAACGAUUCGUACUCUUUUUUACCAAGUAGUCAACAGGAUGACAAAUGUACAACAACAAUGGGAAAUGAAAUGGAGUUUGGUGUACCAAUCAUAACGUGUGGUAAUACUAUACCGUCUCAUUCUCGUUAUUUGAGUGGGGAAUCAGUUGAUUCGGCUUUAACAGAAAGUGUACUCAGUGUCAGAUUGCAAUCAUCAACGGAGGAUUUUAUGACUGAUCCUUUUCAAAAGCAACAACAACAACAGAUUUUUCACUGGCAACCAACACUUUCACGUGUUCAGGCAAUCUUAUCACCUAAUUCACUUUACUCAGUGUGUUCAAGUACUCAAAAAUCUGAGUGUUCUUUACGUGAUUCUAAUCAAAACUUGCUAAAUGAUCCUCAAAAACUGAACUGUCAAACUUCACUUAUCAUGAAUGAGCGAAAUGAUAAUUACAAUCGAUUCCCAUCAAAUGAAAAUCAAUCACGGGAAUUGGCAUACUUGUCCACUGGUUGUUAUGGACCUGGUGUUGGAGGUGUUCUACUGGUUGGUACUACUCAACAACUUCACGAUGCAUUACAUUUAUUAAAUUUGGAAGGAAAACAACAGUAUAUUUCAUUAACGCCAGGAACAAUAAUAACACCUACUGGUCAAAUAGGGAAGUUAUUCAACUCUUCUUAUCCAUCCUCCUCCUUAAGACAAAUAAUUACAGCACCACUAUCAGUAUGUAACGAUAAUGCAGGAAUUUCAGCUUACACAACGUCAUUCAGUUCAGGUGUGCCUUUGAAGUUGGAUACAAUUCAACCGUUAUCAAUGCCUAAACAUUUGGUGCCACUCAGUUUACAUUUACCGGUUAAUCAGUAUUAGUUCAUUGUUUUCACUACUAUCAUUGAUAUUAUCAACCGCAUCCUUAUUACUUUUGCUAUUUCUAUACAUCUUUUUCUCUUCCUGUGCAUAACUUUCAUAAUCUUCUUCAUUUCAAUAAUUAAUGCUUUACUGCACAAUACUUACUUUGUAAUUUAUUGCUUACUUUUAUUUUGCUGAAUAUUUCGUUCCUAUUUUGCUUUCAUACUUUGAGUAUAUUUUCAUCUCCUUUCUUUAUCAUUUUGUUCUUUUUAACUUAUAUUACCCGGUGUUAUUCAAGGGAGAAGUCGAAUAUCUUAUCCUAUUAUUGAACUUUUUUUGUAUAAAAAUAAAUAAAUACGAGCC